AUGGCAUCACCAAAAUUUCAAUCAACAGAUUUUCAAACACCAAUUAAAAAAAAAUGUCCAUCAUCAUCAUCAUCAUUAAGUUCACCAUCAUCAAUAUCAACAACAUCAACAAAUAUUAAACAACGUUCAAUAACUGAUAGUAGUAAUAAUAAUGAUGAAACAAUAACAACAAUUAAAAUGGAAGAUGGUAAUGAUGAAAUUAAAAUAUAUUCAGCAUCAACAAUUAAAAAAAAUGAACCAGAUGAUGAUAUUGAUGUUGAUGGAAUUGAAGAUCGACUUUCGCCUGUUGUUGAAGAACCUACAAGUCCAAAUAAAAAUGAUGCAUUCAAUAGUAGUAUUUCUGGUUUAUAUGCAUCACCAUUUCUUUAUCCAUAUUUUCAUCCAAUGUUUCAUCCAUAUUUAAUGGCUGCAGCUGCACAAGCAAAUGCUGCUGUAUCAUCAACAGAUAAAUCAUCAACAGAUGGACAAAUGCCUCCAUCUAAUCCAUAUGGCACUGCACCUUCAACAUUAUCUCCAUUUCCAGGUUUUAAUCCAGGUAUGCCUUUUCCUUCGUUAUAUCCGCCGGGAAUGGCUAAUCAACCAUUUCGACCAAAUCUUUUUAAUCCAUUUGGUAUUCCGAUUCCAACACCCGGUGUUCGACCUCCACCACCACCAUCAUCUUCAUCUUCAUCAUCAUCUUCUAAUCGUCAUCAUCAAAAUUAUGAUGGAUCUUCUCGAAAUCUUAGUGCUCUACUUGAUGUACAACGACCUAAAAAACCUCAUAUAAAAAAACCUUUAAAUGCUUUUAUGCUUUAUAUGAAAGAACAACGUGCACGUGUUAUUGAAGAAUGUACAUUAAAAGAAUCAUCAGCAAUAAAUAAAGUUCUUGGACAAAAAUGGAAAGAAUUACCUCGAUCAGAGCAAGACAGAUAUUAUGAAUUAGCAAAAGAAGAACGUAAUCGUCAUAUGCAACUGUAUCCAGGUUGGUCAGCACGUGAUAAUUAUGGUUUAAAAAAGAAACGACAAUCAAGUGGUCAUACACCAAUAUUAAAUAAUUCACAUAAAAAACCACCAAGAGAAAAUAAUUCUAUGGUUAAUAGUCCAGGACAGUUAAAUCAUAAUAGUCCACAUCGUUAUGGACAUCAUCAACAACAACAACAACAACAUUUAAUUAAUAGUUCACAUAUGAAUUCAACAAAAAAUCCAAUGCAAUUAGAGAAUGAUUGUUUAAAUCAAAAGAAAUGUCGUGCACGUUUUGGUUUAGAAGGUCAAAGUCAAUGGUGUAAACAUUGUCGACGAAAGAAAAAAUGUACAAGAUUUCUUGAAGAAGAUAUGUUAAAUCAUGCAAAUAAUAAUAAUAAUAAUAAUCAUAUGAUAAAUAAUUAUCAUAAUUCAUCAUAUAAUAAUCAUGGAAUAAAUAUAACUAAUAAUAGAAAUUCAUCAUCAGUUAGUUCACCACAAACAAAUCAAUCUGAUAAUGAUGAUUCAAUGAAUGAACCUGAUGGUGAUGAUAUAUUAUCCCGACAAGUUGAUUCAAUUGAAGAUGAUGAUGAUGAUGAGGAAAAUGAUGAUGAACAUCAUACAAAUGAUGAUGACAGUGAUGAAGAAAAUAAACAACAACAACAACAACCUGUUUCACUUGUUUAUAAACCAAUUCCAUCUAAAAUUGAUUCUCAUCAACAAUCAUUUCAACCACCACCACCAGCACAUUUAUAUCAACCUUCAAUGUUACCAUCUCAUUUUGCACCUAACUUUCAUUAUUAA